AGUACUUGCGUGUAGGGGUUGUCCAGUCUGAUUGGGAUUUGGGAUGAGAAACACUGGCAAUGCAAGCUAGUGUUUGCAUCAUGAUGAGCAAUCUCUUAGCUCUGGGAUCUGAUUUGGUGGUCCUGUACUUUGUUUUGAUGGUCUGCUGUGGGCUUUGUUCUGAGAUCUCCAUGAACUGGUUCUUGAGAACUGAUUUUAUGGAUCAAAAGACCAGCUUUCUCAGUGAUAAAAGCCGGUUUUUUAUUGAACUGCCUGAAAUUUUCUCACUGAAAACCUGGAAUAACCAUCGUUAUACCCAUUGCUUUGGGUGGAAGAAGCUUAGAGAAUCAUGGUGGAAGAAGCUCCUAAUACUGUGGGUUGUUGGCUGGCUCUUGGGGUCUGCAUGGAUUUUCUGGUUCAUGUGCUCGCAGGCCGUCGAAAAGAGAAAGGAGUUGCUGGCAAAUAUGUGCGAUGAGCGUGCUCGAAUGCUUCAAGAUCAAUUCAAUGUCAGCAUGAAUCAUAUACAGGCCUUGGCAAUCCUGGUUUCAACAUUCCACCAUUCCAAAGAUCCUUCUGCAAUUGAUCAGAGAACGUUUGCAAGAUACACCGAAAGAACUGCUUUCGAGAGGCCAUUGACUAGUGGUGUGGCUUAUGCCGUAAAGGUGCUGCAUUCUGAAAGGGAGCGAUUUGAGAAGCAGCAAGGGUGGUCUAUUAAGAGAAUGGAUACUGAAGACCAGUUACCCGCCCGUGAAGAUGGCUUGGCCCCUGAGACCCUGGAAACAUCACCCGUUCAAGAGGAAUAUGCUCCAGUGAUCUUCGCACAGGACACUGUUUCACAUGUUAUUUCUUUCGAUAUGUUGUCUGGAAAGGAAGAUCAUGAGAACAUUCUGCGCUCGAGAGAAUCUGGAAAAGGGGUCCUAACGGCUCCUUUUCGGCUGCUAAAAUCAAAUCGCCUUGGAGUUAUUUUAACAUUUGCAGUCUACAGUACAGAACUACCUUCAAAUGCAACCCCUGCUGACCGUAUCCGAGUGGCUAUUGGGUACAUAGGUGGCAUUUUUGACAUCGAAUCGCUGGUUGAUAAGUUGCUUCACCAACUAGCAUGUAAGCAAUCAAUCAUUGUCAAUGUGUAUGAUACCACUGAUCCUGUUAAACCUAUUAGUAUGUAUGGUACAAACCUGACGGGCGAUGCUAUGUACCAUAAAAGCAUCCUUCAUUUUGGGGACCCAUUGAGAAAGCAUGAAAUGCAUUGCAGUUUCACACACAAGCCGCCGUUUCCAUGGCUUGAAAUAACAACAUCCAUUGGAACUCUUGUGAUCGCGUUACUAAUUGGGCAUAUAUUCCAUGCAACGGUUAAUCGUAUUGCAAAGGUGGAAGAUGACUAUAGGAAGAUGAUGGAACUUAAAAAGCAGGCGGAGGAUGCAGAUGUUGCUAAAUCUCAGUUCUUGGCAACUGUUUCUCAUGAGAUCAGAACUCCAAUGAAUGGUGUCUUAGGCAUGCUUCAAAUGCUUAUGGAUACUGAGCUGGAUAUUACACAGCAGGAUUAUGUGAGAACUGCACAAGCCAGUGGCAAAGCUUUGGUUUCGUUAAUAAAUGAGGUUUUGGAUCAGGCAAAGAUUGAAUCUGGAAACCAUGAGCUCGAGUACGUGCGAUUCGAUUUGCGGAUACUCUUAGAUGAUGUCUUAUCACUUUUCUAUGGCAAGUCUCAAGAAAAAGGGAUAGAGUUGGCUGUAUAUGUUUCUGACAAGGUACCUGAAGUUCUAAUUGGUGAUCCUGGGAGAAUUCGGCAGAUAAUCACCAAUCUCAUUGGGAAUUCUGUUAAAUUCACGGAGAAAGGACACAUCUUUGUUAGUGUCGAUCUAGUUGAGGAGGUGAUAUGUUUAACAGAAGCAGAAGCUGAUUUUCAGUCCAUGAACACCUUGAGUGGUUUGCCAGUGGCAGACCGAAGACACAGUUGGGAAAACUUCAAAAUAUUCAGCCCAAGAUACGCCUGUAUUCCACAUGCUUUCUUGUCAACAUCCUCCGAUCUAAUAAAUCUAAUUGUAUCGGUUGAAGACACGGGCACAGGGAUCCCCCAAGGUGCCCAAUCGCGCGUAUUCACCCCUUACAUGCAGGUUGGUUCUUCAACUUCACGUGUUCAUGGAGGCACCGGCAUUGGAUUAAGCAUCAGCAAGUGUUUGGUUGGUCUCAUGAAGGGAGAAAUCGGUUUUGUGAGUGAACCAAAUGUGGGUUCCACCUUCACCUUCACUGCAGUCCUCACAAGAGGCCAUGCAAACUCCGGUGAGUACAAAUCACGGGAGUUUCAAGGAAUGCGAGCAUGGGUGGUAGAUCACAGGCCAUCUCGUGCUAAGGUGGCAAGAUAUCAUCUUCGAAGGCUUGGAAUUCAUGUUGAACUUGUCACUGAUCUCUAUCAAGCUUUUCUGAGGCUAAUGAAUAAUGGAAAGUCUGUUGUCAACAUGAUGCUUAUUGACAAGGAGGCUUGGCCAAGGGAUGCUGAUCUUUGGCCUCUUCUUAUCAAUGUAUUGAAAAUGGGGAACCAGUCCUCAAUGCCAAAACUUUUUCUCUUGGAUAAUCCUACAAGCUUUACAAAGACCAAGUCCUCAAACUCUUUGGAAAGUAUUCUGACAGUGAUCACAAAACCCCUCAGAGCAAGUAUGCUUGCAGUUCAUUUGAGACGAGCAAUGGGCCUCGGAGAAAAAGAAAGCUUCGGGAAUGGGGAUAUUCCUCGUUCGUCUUUAUGUAAUCUUCUUGACGGUAAGCAUAUUCUAGUUGUGGAUGACAAUAAAGUGAAUCUUAGAGUAGCUGCUGGCGCUCUGAAGAAAUAUGGGGCAGAGGUAACCUGUGCUGAUAGUGGCAAAGAGGCGAUCAAGCUGCUGGAACCACCCCACAAAUUCGAUGCCUGUUUCAUGGAUAUUCAGAUGCCAGAAACAGAUGGCUUUGAAGCUACUAGGAUUAUUCGUAAAAUGGAAAGUGAUGCAAAUGACCGCAUAAAUCAUGGAGAAGCAGAUCUUGGCAAUGCAUUGCGCUGGCAUGUACCGAUAUUAGCCAUGACUGCAGAUGUAAUUCAGGCCACACAGGAAGAAUGCAGGAAAUGUGGAAUGGAUGGUUAUGUCUCAAAACCAUUUGAAGGAGAACAAUUGUACAGAGAAGUAACUCGAUUUUUCAAUUGACUGCUAAAACAAGUCGAUAGCAUAGAUAAAUCUUCGCUUCACAAUACAAAAGGAACUCACUGUAUAACACAAAGGACAAUGAGACAUCAUACUUGGAUAAACCACCACCAACUCUUGACAUGCUUUAUAGUUUGCUUCACAGAGUUUGAAAUUUGGAAGCAAAACAAGCAUUUGGGGGUGAUAUUAUUCCUUUUCAUGGCUUCUUCUAACUUUUGUUUGAAGUAUAUGAGUUGGAUAUCUGUAAGUAAGAGCUCAUAAACUGCUGCAAUGGAGAUCCACUGUUUGAUUGUGAUACCAAUGUCCUUUGACAUGUAUAGUAAGGCUGGAGAUUUGCGAGAGAUUUUUCUUCUUUCUUUUUUAUCCCCUUCGUAUCCAUUUUAUUUUUUUGUUUCCACAGAAUACAAAGAGUGUACAGAUGUGAGUAAUUUACAAACUUAUGGUUUGUUUGUUGGAAAUGUGAUAAUUGAUGUUAAAGUUCUUCAAUGAAGGCAAGCGUGGUUGUACAUUGAACA